UCUGUCUAUAUAAAUGUAUUUUUUGUUUAGUUUUGAUUGUCAAUUUUCACUAAUUUUUCUUAAAACGUGUUUUCUGUGACCAGUUUUUAAUAAAAAUAUUAAUUCUAAAAUAUGAAUCAUGUUCAACUUUUAAGUGGAAAUUUAAUGCCGCUCGUUGGAUUUGGAACUUUUCGAGUGAACAGUGAAGAUAUUUUUAAAGUUCUCGAUGAAGCUUUAAAUGCAGGAUAUCGUUCAAUUGACACUGCUGCUGUUUAUAGAAACGAAGAUGCAAUUGGAUCUGCUUUAAAGAUAUUGCUUCCAAAAUAUAAUCUUAAGAGGGAAGACAUUUUUAUUACUACUAAACUUGGUCCAGCUGAUAAUGGCAAUCCUGCAGGAGUUCGACGAGCUGUUCGUAAUUCAUUAAUAGCUCUGCAAACUGAUUACAUUGAUUUGUAUUUAAUUCAUUGGCCGGGUGCAGGUAGAAUUCACGAGAAUUCAUCUCUUAAUCCCGAAUUACGUAGUUUAACUUGGAAAACACUGGUGCAAUUGCACCAAGAGGGUUGUCUAAAAUCAAUUGGCGUUUCUAAUUACAAUAUUAAUCAUCUUCAACAGUUAUUUCAAAAGUGUGAAGGCGUUAAACCCUCUGUAAAUCAAGUUGAAUGUCAUCCCCACUAUCGUCAGGAUGAAUUAUUGAAAUUCUGUACCAAAGAGGGAAUUCACCUUCAAGCAUAUUCCUCUUUAGGUGGAAGUGAUAAUGGAGCUCUAUUAAAUGAUUCUACAGUUGUGAAAAUUUCCUCAAAUCUCAAUGUAUCCCCGGCGAGAUUACUUUUAAAAUGGGCCCUACAGCGAGGAAUCGGUAUCAUUCCAAAGGCAAAAAGUGCUGAACACAUAAAAGAUAAUUUAAAAUUAGAUUUCACAAUUGAUGAAGAAUCAAUGAAAUUACUAUUAAAUUUACAGGAAAAAAAAUAUGCAUGGGAUCCAAGUAAUGUGAAUUAAAAAUCAAUUCACAUAAUAAAAAUCUAAUUUAAUAAUAUAGAAAGAAAAUUAUUUUUAAUUAUAAAAUCAAUUAAUAUUAAAUAGUUUAAUAAAAGAAA